GAUUUGUUCAUCCAACGUUGACGUCAGCAAAACGUUAUGCUACUGACUCCAUUGUGGCCCCACCAUGAUGUAUAGACUCCAGUUGUAAACUAUGGCGAUUAUAGCCAAGAUGGUAGAAGUAUGGUGUAGUUUCCUAAAUACCGCAUAUUCUGUAACUCUUGGGAGUCAAAGGUGGUGCACCUGGAAUGUAAAAAGUCGGUGCUACAAAUUUUUUUAAAAAAGACAGUAACAAAGAGAGAAAAGAGGGACUCUUCCUCCACCGGGACCCGGCACUUCCGCACCCGCUGUCGAGUCAACACCACUGACCUUGCCCUCCCACUUGAUAUACAGACACCUACAAGGAAAGCAUGAAGGCUGUUAUUCUGGCUGCUGGUUAUGGAACAAGGCUGCAGAGAGACCUGCAAAAUGAUCCCACUGGAAGAUUCAAGUCCCUUAUCGGGAUCCCUAAACCAUUGCUUCCAGUAGGACACUCCGCUCUGAUUUCACGAUGGAUUGCAGCUCUAGAAAACACUGCCUGCAUUGAUGGCAUCUUUGUGGUUACAAAUGACUUGUACUAUCAAAUCUUUGAGCAAUGGGCAAAGCAGUUCACAGUUGUUAAAAUUAUAAAUGAUGGGACAAGAUGCAAUGAGGAGCGCUUGGGGGCCGUUGCCUGUCUUCAGCUUGCCGUAGAUCAUUUUCAAAUAGAAGAUCACUUAUUGGUCAUUGGAGGUGACACUUUGUUCAAAGAGGAUUUCAGUCUCUCAAACUUUAUGGAUAGCUUUUUACAGCUACAAUCCAAAUGUGAGGAAAGCAAUCUUGUGUUGUCAUGCCUGUGUAAAGAUAAAGAAACUACAAAGUAUGGGAUUCUGGAAGUUGAUGAAGAUUUGAGGGUCUGUGCCAUGAAAGAAAAACCGUCUCCUGAUGAAACAACGUCUCGUAGAGCAUGUCCUUGUUUUUAUUUAUUCUCAAAGAAUUCUGUCCCUCUUGUAAAGAUGUUUCUUGAAGAAAAGGAGAAUGCACCAAUAGAAGUGAAGGAUGCUCCAGGAAACUUCUUAUCUUGGCUUAUAUCUAGGAAACCAGUUUACAUCCACCAGAUUUCUGGCCGCUUCGAUGUUGGAAAUUUGUCAUCGUAUAUAGAAUGUGACAGCUAUUUCCAUGGAAAGUUGAAGGAUGUGAACAAUUAUCUUAAGUAAUAUUGCCAAGUGAUAGUAAAACUAUUAAAUUGUGGAAAGCUCUGAAAAAGUGCACCCACAACUGAAUAAUUGUAGUGCCCCAUUUAAGAAAGAUGUAAUCUUGAAAGCCAGUGUCUUAGUAUCUGUUUUAGAACCAUGCUUACUGUAAAAUACUACUGGUUUAAAACUAACCACUUAGAAAGCCUAGCAAAAGUAUGUAUAUCUUCUUAAACUUAGUAACAUGUAUCAUCUUUAAAGGUAUAAUUAUUAUCCUUUUACUGUCUGUAUUAGUUGUUAAAAAUGCAUUUUUUGAAUAUAUAAUUAAUUUUUUAACCAUUGUAUUUUAUAAACCUCAUUCUUAGCUAUUGAUUUAUAAUAGAAUAACAGCAUGUAAGAUGCCCAAGUAUGCUGCUGGAUAAAGAAAGAAACCUGAGCAUUCUAGUGGGGCCAAAGAA